UCAUCUUCUUGUAAACCAUUUUCCCUCUUUCUUUGAUCCUUUCUUCUUCUUCUUCUUCUUCUUCCCUCUCCGUUUUGAGGGUCUUUUUUUAUUUUUCUUUUUCUUUUUUUCUCUUUUUUCCAUUUUCCAUUUUCUUUUUUUUUUUUGGGUUUCUCCUCUUCAUCUUCUUCGUCCUUUCAAUCUCCCGAAACCCUAGCUGGAGAGGUUUCAAAUCAAGGAAGAUGCAGCAGCAGAGACUUAAGCAGCCAGCGAUGAUGCAGCAGUCGCUGUACCAUCCCGGUCUGCUCGCUGCUCCUCAGAUAGAGCCUAUCUUGAGUGGAAAUCUGCCUCCUGGGUUUGAUUCGAGUACAUGCCGCAGCGUGUACGUGGGGAAUAUUCAUCCACAGGUCACAGAACCCCUUCUUCAAGAGGUUUUCUCAAGUAACGGGCCUAUUGAAGGUUGCAAGCUCAUUAGAAAAGAAAAGUCAUCAUAUGGUUUUGUGGACUUUUUCGAUCGAAGAUGUGCCGCUUUGGCUAUUGUGACACUAAAUGGAAGGCAUUUGUUUGGCCAGCCCAUCAAAGUUAACUGGGCAUAUGCCAGUAGCCAGAGAGAAGACACAUCAGGGCACUUUAAUAUAUUUGUUGGUGAUUUAAGCCCUGAGGUUACAGAUGCAACACUGUUUGCGUGCUUCUCUGUCUAUUCUAGCUGUUCUGAUGCAAGGGUCAUGUGGGAUCAAAAGACGGGUCGUUCCAGGGGCUUUGGCUUUGUUUCUUUUAGGAACCAGCAGGAUGCUCAGAGUGCCAUAAAUGACUUGAAUGGAAAAUGGCUGGGAAGUCGGCAGAUAAGAUGUAACUGGGCUACCAAAGGUGCUAAUAACAACGAUGAUAAGCAGAGCUCAGACUCAAAAAGUGUUGUGGAGCUAACUGCUGGAACAUCAGAUGACGGUCAAGAGAAGUCUAAUGAAGAUGCUCCAGAGAACAACCCCCUAUACAGAACUGUUUAUGUUGGCAAUCUUGCUCCAGAGGUCACUAAUGCUGAGUUGCAUCGGCAUUUUCAUGCACUCGGUACUGGGGCCAUCGAAGAUGUUAGGGUGCAACGUGACAAGGGCUUUGGUUUUGUUAGAUACAGCACCCAUGCUGAAGCUGCUCUAGCUAUCCAGAUGGGGAAUGCUCGAAUUCUCUGCGGUAAACCAAUCAAGUGUUCCUGGGGGAACAAACCAACACCACCAGGGGUUUGCUCGAACCCUCUCCCUCCGCCGGUUGCAGCCCACUUCCCGGGCUUCACUGCAUCUGAAUUAGCUGCCGCAUAUGAGCGGCAGAUGGUCCUGAGCAAGAUGGCCCUGAUGCAUCAUCACCACCCUCAGGCAGGCCUCAAGCAGGCGCCCCCCCUGGGAAUGGGUGCUGCCGGAGCCAGCGGGGCUAUUUACGAAGGGGGUUUCCCGAGUGUCGCGACCACCCAACAGCUCAUGUAUUAUUAGUACAUCAAUCACGAAGGACGCCAACAUUCCUCCCUGGUGUAUCGUCGUGGCGAAGGGACGCUUAGUAUAAUAAGUCUUGUCAGAACUCACUUUUGUCUAUCUGGUUCCCUUUCUUCCUGUUUCUUUGUCACCUUUUUUUAACUCUAUUACUAUUACUCUCUAGUAGUCUACUAUUACUGUACAAUCGCUCGUGCCUGUGCUUUGCAGCGGACCGAUCAACUUAUGUUUCUCAAUUUCAGAAAGUCAUUCGAUUGAAAGAACCGACCACGUGAAUUUCGA